AUGGAUUUCCAAAUUAUGGAGAAAGAUAUGUAUGGUGAUGUAGAGAACGAUGAAGAACUAAUGGCUGAGUUGUUAGCUUUAGAGGCAGAAGAACAAGCUGCUGGACGCACAAGUGGUACACGUGAACACAAUGCACGUCAUCAUGAAUCAACUGCACAAGCUUCACAACCGGUGAGUGGAAUGUAUGGCAUUUCAAGUAUAUCAGAUGUAUCAGAUGAAGAUUUGAAUAGUAAUGAUGAGGUGGAUAUUAAUGAUCCAGAACUUUUGGCAGAACUGUCUGAUUUGGUUGAACAGGGUAAUGCUGUGGGAUCACCUGCAUCUCCUAAACUGCAUACUUCAAUACCAUAUGAACCUGCUGUUGACACGACAUUACUUUAUAAAUUGCGAGGACUUAAGGAGGAAUACACUUCAGUGCUAGAAGCUGCAGAAGAGAAAAAUGAUAUAUUGCGUACUAAGAGAUAUCGGCGAGGAUUUGACAGAAUCGAGGAAUUGAUACGAAAGGUGCAAGCAGGAAAAAUGAUAGAUGAAAAGGACAUUCCAAUUUCGAUCAGAACAAUUCGUUCUGUUGAAUUACAUGCAAAAGAAACUGACGUUUCAGUUAUUCCCAGACCGGAGAUACAACCAGUACUGCCAGCUAAAGUAAAGCAGUCCGCCACGGAAAUAAUCAAUGAAUCGUCUGUCAUUUAUCAAAAACCAGUCAAGAAGCUACUGAGAGGAGAGCAGCUGAGGGCAGAAUUAAUCAGUCGUCGAGAAUCCUAUAUCAAGAAUGCCAGAGCAGCUAACUCAUUGGGUGACAAAAAAAAAGCUUACGAAUAUUACGUAGUUGCGAAGCAGUUUGAUGAAGCAAUGAAAACUAUGAAUGAUGGACGAGUAACAGAAUGUGAGGAGAAUGAACUUCCACCUCUAGCCAUUCCCUACAAAUCAAGCAAGGAUGAAGGAAUCCAUCCUCCUCCAAAGACUCUACUAGAUGGACUACAGCAGCGCAUGCAGAAAUAUAAAGCUUUAUGCGAUCAGAGUCGUGUGGAAAACGAUAACCGAAAAUACAGAAUGAAUGCUCGUAUUUUGAAGCGAUAUGAAGAUGCAAUUGAAGCAUGUCGUUCAAAUAAACCAGUUGAUACGAGUGGACUGCCAUGCCCUCCUGGAUAUCCACCUCUUCCUCCAUUGGAAAACAUGGCUGCCUCUAGCACAAAUGGGAUGGUGAUGUCGCGAAGACCUUUGCCUGAAGUAGGAUCACUUGGUGCACCAGAAGCGUCAAUAUCAGGAAAACAAUCACGUCAAAAACAACAACUUGACUUUUUGCUUCAGCGACAAUUUCAGUUUAAGGAAGCUGCUAUUGCUGCAAAAAGAAAUGGUGACGUAGAGACUGCCAAGAAAUUUUUACUUGCUGCAAAGGGUUUUGAUAAAAUGAUUGCUGCCUCGAAAAAUGGUUUGUCUGUUAAUAUUAAGAAAACACCUAUGCCACCACAAGUUCGGACAUCUGCAAGAAUACUCAAGCCAUCACUGGAGCAUCACACAAGUUUUGAUGCUGCUAUUAAAGGGACAUCUAGUGAAGUUUUUGCUACAAUGGAAAGGGAUCUCAUUUGUCAAGUAAAGCUUUGCGAAAAAUAUAGAUUUGCUUUCACUCAAUUGGGCGAUGUAACUCGAGUGAAGAUGUUGGAAACUUGGUCUGCCAUUUCGAAAAGAGACUUAAUGCUUUUACGCGAAGUUAUGAAAAGAGGUGCAACAGUGCCGCAGUUUCGAUACGAAACUCGAAACAUGCCUUCGGUGGAAGUAUGCUUUGAAGUAGAUGAAAAUCAUAUUGAAUUGACAAUAAUGAAAAUAAUUGAAGCAAAAUUACCAGCAGGUUGGAAAGCGUCUGACGGUUAUCUGUUUGUAAAGUAUAAUUUUUCCUUUCCUCACGACGCUCAUCAAACUGGUAGAACUAAAGUCAUAGCUGCUACAAAUUCGCCAGAAUACAAUCAGAAAUUCCUGCUAACAAUCAAUCGGAAAACGAAGCAGUUGCAAAGAGUCAUCAAAAGGAACUGCCUGAAAUUUGAGAUUUACCAAAAAGGUGGUUUUUUAAGGAGUGACAAACUGAUCGCUACUGCUGAUUGUAAGUUGAUUGAUUUAGAAGAAAAAGUGUACAUUCAUGAAAGUAUAGAUUUAAUGGAUGGACGAAAGCAGACAGGAGGGAAAUUGAUUUACCAGGUACGUGUUCGCGAGCCGUUGAGUGGAAAGAAGCUUUUAAUGAUGCAAAAAAAGUGGUUAAUUCUGGAACUAUGA